GUAAUUCCCCAAAGAACAAAACAAAAACCCCAUAAACAAAGAAAUGGAUUCCGCAGCAGCCGCCGCCGCCAAGCGCGUUCAGAUCGAGAAGGCGCACAAUUUCAUGCGCCAGUACCGCGAUCCCGAGUCGCGUGAGCUCAAGAAGCUUUCGGCCAAUCAGUUCAUGGAUGUCUGGGCCCACUACGAUAAGGAUGGCAACGGCUACAUUGAGGGCACCGAGCUGGAUGGCUUCCUCAGGGAGUUCGUGGCCAGUGCCAAUGUCACAGACAUCAGUCCAGAGGCCGUCACAGACACAAUGCUCGAGGAGUUGAAGUCCUGCUUCAUGGAGGCCUACGAUGAUAAUCAGGAUGGCAAAAUCGAUAUCAGAGAGCUAGCUCAACUUUUGCCCAUGGAGGAGAAUUUCCUUUUGCUUUUCCGCUUCGAUAACCCAUUGGAAUCGAGCGUGGAAUUCAUGAAGAUCUGGCGCGAAUACGACACCGACAACUCCGGCUACAUUGAGGCGGAUGAGCUGAAGAACUUCCUACGCGAUUUGCUCAAAGAGGCCAAAAAAAUCAAUGAUGUGUCCGAGGACAAGCUCAUUGAGUACACUGAUACUAUGCUGCAAGUCUUCGAUGCCAACAAGGAUGGACGUUUGCAGCUAUCGGAAAUGGCCAAAUUGCUUCCGGUUAAAGAGAACUUCCUCUGCCGCCAGGUGUUUAAGGAGGGCAUUGAUGGUGCCACAAAGCUGACCAAAGACGAUAUCGAGAAGGUGUUCUCGCUAUACGAUCGCGACAACAGCGGCACCAUUGAAAAUGAGGAGCUCAAGGGCUUCCUCAAGGAUCUUUUGGAGCUGGUCAAGAAGGACGACUACGAUGCACAGGAUCUGGCCGCCUUUGAGGAGACCAUUAUGCGGGGCGUGGGCCAUGACAAGCACGGCAAAAUCUCACGCAAAGAGCUGACCAUGAUCCUCCUAACACUGGCCAAAAUAUCGCCCGACGAUGAGGAGUAAGAAGAUUUUUAGCCAAUUCCAUAUUUGUCACCCCAAAAUCUAGGCACCGAAGGCCAUGAGGCAAUUGAUUACUUUAAACCUGCUGAAAAAAUUAGCAGAAGAUAAACAAUUUUGGUAAAGAUGGAGGAUCUCCAAAGCAAAUGAAAUGGAGAUUCUACCCGAAACAAAAAAAAACAAACAAACACAAAAAACUAUUGGUAAAACUAAAUAUAAAAUAAAUGUUUCAAGCUUCAGUAAAUGUUUAUCGUAUGUUAAGCUAUUGAGAGUAUAUUUCCUCCCCCAAAACUGAAACACCAAAGAUAUAUAUUUACUCCAAGCCGAAAAUAAAAACAACAAACAAAAAUGAAAUCGAAAAUUUAUCUCCAAGCAACACUGAAUCGAGCCACUUUAUCUUAAUGUAAAGCAAAAGAAUAAAAUCAAAUUCAGUACAUCGAUUUUAUAUUAUAUUAUAUUAUAUUAUUAUAUAUCUACGUGUAUAUUUUCUAAAUGUAUUUGCCUAUAAAAUAUACCUAUAUAUGUAUGUAUAUUUUAUUUUGUUUAAUUACAAAAGGAAAACUUAAAAUAAAUGUAGCUAAACUUAAGAGAACACAAACCAGAAUCAGAUCAGUCGUGAUUUAUUUGAGAUUAUAUAUUUACAUAUAUUUACGUAUAUAAAUGUGUGUGGCUAGAACUAGUAGAUAAUUGUUGUUAAUAAUUGUGGAUAUAUUUAUGUAUGCAACACAAUACAUUUUGGUGUGCUAAUCGUACAUUUUGCCAAGCCUCCACGACUCUGAUUGUAUUCCGUGUAAAUGUGAAAUUAACCCACACUCACGCUAACCCACGUAUCACACUCUCAUUCGAUGAUACAAUUCUCUACCACAAACAUCAAUCAAUCAGUCAAGAGGCACUUGAGGGUGGAGUGGGGCUUGGCUCGUGUUCUAAUGCCACCUGACACGAGCCCUGCAGCGUGCUGUUGCAACAUCAGUUACAGCCGGAACGCAUCUGGCAGUGCUCCACCCGAGGACACACACACACUGCUCUUCUUAUUUAUCAUUUAAAAUUGGAAAUUGGAACAGCUUUGACUACUCUAAAACUAAACUAAAUCUAAUGGAAAAUCAAAAGGUUAACCCAUAAAAACUAUCAACUUAUUACACUUAUCUAACGUUUUUUCAAGGUGCUAUAGCUAUAUAAUUAUGAUUUUGCCCUUACGACUUUUCGACCCCGAAAACUGUCACUAAAUCCUAUGCAAUUUCAAGUCUAUGUUUCCAAGAAACCUAAAAACAAAACGUAUAUCUAAAAAAUAUAGUAAAUUGUAAGCUUUAAGUACCCAAAAAAGAGAAAUAUUUGAUUCGAAUAGUGGAAAUUGUAAUUGGAACCCUCAUCGGGAAAAGCAAAACAGACACCAUUUCAAUUUAUUCGAUUAAUUAUACGCGUCCGUAAAUGCCAACUUAAAGAUAUAAUUAAAAUAAUUACGAUACAACUCUACGUAUAUAUGGUACUUACACUACAUACAUAAGAUACAGAUACUCGUAUUGUUCACACAAAAAAACUGCAUGUUAAGCUUCGAAAAGAACAACAACAAACCCAUUAGCGGGCCAAUACCCGAAUAUCGUAUAUCGAAUAUCUAUAUGGAUGUAUAUGUAUGACAAAUACUAUGUUUUAAUAAUCUAAAUACAUUUACGCAGACAUCAUCGGGUCAGCACACCAAAUGGCAG